AUGAGCCCAUUAGUCAGCUGUGCACACGUAGUGUGUGUGUGUAUGUGUAUGUGAGCAAACAUAGAUACAUUUUGUGUUCUCAAGUUGAAUUUCUCUUAAAAUGAAGUAAUCAAUCAUCAAAAGUAAAUCAAAAUAAGGGAAGUUUGAAGUUCACCUGAUGAUUCUAUUCACAAUAACCUCAAAAUCUGAAGUGACCUUAUAAAGAUAAUAUAAGUUUACAACUUAAUGCACUGAGCCUUACAAUAAUAAUAAUAACGAUUAAUAAGUUAAAUUUAACAUCAAAUAAAUUAAUAGGAUAGUUUCGUUUUAAACAAUCAAAUCGCUUCCAACCAACCAGAAAAUGAUUAUUGUUAAUGUAAGUAAUAUUCGUCAUCUUGUAAGCGAAUAGCUACAAUAAAUUAAGAUUACCAGUAAAGUUCUUUACAUCAAAAAGAAAGGAGGAAAAAAUCACUUUUUUUUCAUUCAGAAAAAAACUUAUCAUCUAACUGAUUCAUAACAGGGAUGACAACAGAUGAAAAACCAGUAGCAGUUGUAAAAUAUGUUGAUAUGCCAUUGAAAAUGCAACAAGAUGCUGUUGAUACAUGCUAUGAAGGAAUGGAGAAUUUUACUGAAGAAUUUGAAAUGGCAUCAUAUCUAAAAAAAGAAUUUGAUCGUAAAUACAAACCUAAUUGGCAGUGUAUUGUAGGCAAAUCAUACGGCAGUUUCAUCUCACAUGAAGAAAAUGGUUUUAUAUUCUUCAACAUGAAUGGAUACGCUGUUAUGCUGUUCAAAGCUGGUUUUUGACUUACAUAUCUCUAAAAUUCAUACCUAAGUAAUACUUCAGAGUUAAAAGUGUAUUGUAGAUGAUUUAACAAUUUUACAGAUGAUUAUUUUAUUCAGUAAAUUAUUUUAACCAAAUUUCAGCAUUCUCAUCUCUCUUGUUAGUAUAUUGAGAUAUUAGAGUGAUUAG